AGAGGUUUGAGGUGGACGACGAUGCGUAACGUCAUCAUCUCCCUCUACCAACCGUCUCACCUCGCCGGCCUCAUCCCGACCAUGGAGUCCUACAUCGAGCGCGCGGCGAGGAAUCUCGAUGAAGGAGACGAGGUCGUCUUCUCAAAGCUGGCUUUGACCCUCUUCACCGACGUCAUCGGGCACGCGGCCUUCGGCGCAAACUUUGGCCUGUCCGGAGAGCCGGUGUCGACAGACAUUGAUGGCAAGGCUGGCGCUGGCAUCAAGAACGGCGGAACGGCCGUGAAGGUGUCGGAGGAGUUCGUGAAAAUGCACCUGCACGCGACCACGUCGCUCAAGAUGGACCUGUCCGGGUCGCUGUCUAUCAUAGUGGGCAACCUCGUGCCGUUCCUGCAACAGCCGUUCCGGCAGGUGCUCAAGAGGAUACCCGGCACGGCCGACUGGAAGAUCGAUCAUGUGAACCACGAGCUCAGCAGCCAGAUGGACGUCAUCGUCGCCGACCUGAUGGCGGCGAGGGAGCGCGAGCCGGCGUCGAAGCAGCGCAAGGACUUGUUGUCCGUGGUCCUCGGGGCGAGGGAGCGGGGCGGCGCGGCAGUGCAGGAGCUGCUCACUCCGGACUACGUGAGCGCGCUGACUUACGAGCACCUCCUCGUCGGGUCGGCGACAACGUCGUUCACGCUGUCCUCGGUGGUCUACCUCGUCGCCAAGCACCCGGAGGUAGAGGAGAAGCUGCUCACGGAGAUAGACGCGUUCGGCCCCCGCGGUCGCGUGCCCACGGCCGAUGAUCUCAAGACCAGGUUCCCUUACCUCGAUCAGGUGGUCAAGGAAUCAAUGAGGUUCUACGUGGUGUCGCCAUUGGUGGCCCGAGAAACAUUGGAGAGAGUGGAGAUUGGUGGCUAUGUCCAUCCCAAGGGCACAUGGGUGUGGUUGGCACCUGGUGUACUUGCAAAGGACCCCAUUAACUUUCCGGAGCCAGAGCAAUUCAGGCCAGAGCGGUUUGACCCUGCUGGCAAUGAGGAGAAGUGUCGGCAUCCUUACGCCUUCAUCCCCUUCGGCAUUGGUCCAAGGGCCUGCAUCGGGGAGAAGUUUGCGAUCCAAGAGAUCAAGCUCGCCAUCAUUCAUUUGUAUAGCCACUACGUGUUUCGUCACUCAAAAGCCAUGGAGUCACCGCUAGAGUUUCAGUAUGGGAUCGUGCUCAACUUCAAACAUGGGGUCAAGCUUCAGGUCAUCCACAGGGACAAGGAUUAA